AUGGCCCUAGAAACGAUCAUUUCCAAUAUUCGAGCCGUACAGAAUGAGCUUGAACCACUGUACAGCAAAUAUCUCUCGAUAGCUGAAGGUUCUAUCGAUAGUCCUACCUUUGAUUCGGAGAAAUUGCAAAUAGUGAAAAACAGUAUCGCCAAUAUUGAGCAGGCUUUACUGGAUACUCAAAUAAUGCUGCUGAUUUCAUCACAUACCGAAGGUGUAGAAGCUGAGAACAAUAAGAAUCGUUUGCGGGUUGAGCAACUAACCAAGGAAAAUUUGUGGCUGCGCGAUGAAUUGAAGGACACCCAACAACGGCUGUUCACGUCGGAGGCAACCGUAGUGCAGUUGCAGGAAGAAAAGAAACACGCAGAGUUUAUGGUGUCGUUGAAAAGAUACGAUGAAAACCCGCCGAACGAUGGGAAAAAUCCUGAUUGGAUUGGAUUGGAAGAAGAACCAAAAGUAAGGUCUAAUCGAAUUGCUAGUCAAGCUAGCUACGAGAUGCCUGCAAAGUUUCGAGCGGUCCACAACCUGAUUAUUCAGCACGCUAUUCAAGGAAACCAUCAGGUAGUUGUUCCGCUUUGCAAGCAAGCUCUGGAGAAACUGAAGAGGACUGAAGGUCGCGAUCACCCGGAUGUUGCGACGAUGUUGAACAUUUUGGCGCUAGUUUAUCGGGAUCAGCGUAAGUUCGACGAGGCCGAAGGUUUAUUGAAAGAAGCUCUAGCUAUUCGCGAGAAGUCUCUCGGAGAGACGCAUCCUGCUGUCGCCGCGACACUCAAUAAUCUUACUGUGCUGCAUGGAAAGCGUGGCAAGUACCGGGAAGCGGAACAGUUUUGUAAAAGGGCUUUGGAAAUUAGAGAACAGGUGUUGGGUGAACAUCAUCCGGAUGUAGCCAAGCAACUUAAUAAUCUGGCGUUGUUGUGCCAGAACCAGUCCAAAUAUUAUAAGGCAGAACUCUAUUACAAGCGGGCUUUACAAAUUUACACGCUGCUAAGUCCCAAUGACCCAAAUGUAGUGAAAACGAGAAACAAUUUGUCCAGCUGUUAUCAGAAAAUUCAUGGCAAGUUCAAGGGUGGAAAGGGCUUGUAUAAGCAUGUAUUGAAAAGGGUGCACGAUAACGACUCGGCCAACGAAGUUUCCGCCGAGCUAGUAGCAGAAAAUCAAGAGUCCAAUAAGUGA